GAAAGUGAUUCGCAGAGCAGUUUCUACUCGUCUCUAGAUCUUUCCGUGUAACACCAAGAGACCGUAGGAUAAAUUUACAAUUUUUAAUCUAGUCCGUUACUUUACGUUGGGAUUUACGUGCGAAAGGAGGCAUCAUGUUUCGUUUUGCUCUAGUCGCAGCGUGCGCAACUGUCAUCUUUGCCGAACCUCCGCCUAGUUACUCGAGCGGAGGAUACUCAAGCGGAGGACUUAUAGACGGAGGAGGUGGAGGCUAUGACUACAGCAGCAGCUCGGGAGGAGGUGGUUACGACUUCGGCGGCGGAGGAGGAGGAGGCGGUCAUGGAUCCGACGUUGAUUUCGCCAGUUAUUCCUCAGGGGGUCUAGGACAGGGUGGAGGAGGCAGCGGCCACGAUAGCUUUUCAGGCGGCUACUCCUCCGGCGGCUAUUCCUCCGGAGAUCACGGAGGAGGCUCAGGAUCUUUAGGCAGCAUCGGAAGCUCAUAUUCCUCAGGAAGUUAUGGAGGAGGUUCUAGCAGUCCGCACAGCAUCAAGACCUCAUACUCCUCCGGAGGUGGUGGUGGUGGUGGUCACGGGGUGUCGAGUCUGGGUGGCUACUCCUCGGGAGACGGCGGACACUCUGGAUCCAGUUUUGGGGGAUACUUCGGAGGAGAUAGCGGCUCAAGCUUCGGUAGCUACUCGAGUAGCUCCGCUCCUAGCCACGGAGGAUUCAGCGGAAGCAAGGGACACGGUGCACCGAGCUUCGUUGGAGGCGGUUACUCCGUUGGCGGACACUCUUCGAGCCCCGGUAGUUUCUCCUCCGGAGGAUACAAAAGCGGACCGAGUCUAGGAGGAAGCCACGGCGGCAGCAGCUACAGUCUAGGCGGUGGUGGUGGAUACCCAGCAAGCUAUGCUUCCAGUCCCAGCGUAAGUUACUCCUCCGGGGGACACGGGGGAGGAGGAUAUUCCUCUAGCGGUCCAGGAAGUCGAGGAUAUUCUUCAGGCGGGCAUGGAGGAGGUGGAUAUUCCUCCGGGGGAAGCGGGAAGAUCAUUUUCGUGAAAUCGGGUGGAGGAGGCGGAGGCGGAUACUCGAGUGGUCCGAGUCAUUCGAGCGGCUCCAGCUAUUCCAGCGGACCGAGCUACUCAAGCGGAAUAUUUGGGGGCGGCGGGUAUAAAGGAAAGAUCAGUAGUUUCGACGGCGGUCCAUCGUAUUCAAGUUAUUCAGGUCCAAGCUUCGGUAGCAGCCACGGAGGAUUCUCUGGAAGCUCCAGCCUCGGAGGUGGAUACUCGGUCGGAGGACCUGCUGGAUAUUCCAGUGGUUAUUCAUCGGGCGGCGGACAUGGCAGUUCAUUCUCAGGAUAUGCUUGAUUAUAUCGAUUCUAAAGCGUCGUGUUUAGGUUUAAUCCAGGUUGGAGACAAUGUUAUUGUUAUACUAUUGUAAAUAUUUAUUUUCAUUACCGUCAGCUGUCUGUCUAGGCAUAAGUGCACACGUUUUUUACCUGCCUUGUUUAUAAUAAAAUACAUUGUGAAAAUGAA